AUGAAUACAUUUCAUAAAAAUAUAUUAUGGACUGAAAGAUCAUGUUUAUUAAUAUUUUAUCUUCAAACAACAGUCAAUUGUCAAUUUAUUUAUGCUUUAUGUAUUGUUUCAUUAAAUCGAUUAGUUGCUAUUGUUUAUCAAAGUAAAACAUUUUUUCGUACAAAAAAAUGGACUAUUAUAUGUAUCAGUAUACAAUGGAUAUGUGGAAUAUUGAUACCUUUACCUCAGUUUGCAUCAAGUCUUACACAAUGUUUUAAAUCAGGUCUUGAAAUGAAUUACCAAAUCUAUGUAUUAUUUAUUAAUGGAAUAUUACCUGCAAUAUUCUUAGCUAUAACUAACAGUAUUAUUUUUAAGUUUGUUCGGCGUUCAACACGACGUGUUCUGCCAAUGAAAAAUGAACAUCAGACACCGAUUACUACUCUUAAUCAUCGAGAUGCUCGAUUACUAAAGCAUAUGCUUUUUAUGUUUGCAGCAUUUUUUUGCGGUUGGAUCCCAAUUUAUAUUAUACGUGUUAUUUAUUGGGAUGGAAAGGGUAUCUCAAAUGUUGCAUAUCAUGGUGUUUUAAUGUUACCGAUCGUGGGUUUAGUUAUCGAUAUUGUCGAGUUAUUCUUGUAUAAUCAUGAAUUACGAACAUAUUUCAUCGACAAAGUAUGUAAUUAUCGUAGAUAA